AUGACGAAGAACGCUGCCAUGCAUGUGCCUAAUGGAGUGCGUAUUGAACUACAAUGUGAACUAGGGUAUAAAGUCCGUAGUGCCAAUAUCAACGUUUGUCAUAAUGGAACAUGGAAACCCCGUCUGUUAGAAUGCGAAGACAUCGACGAGUGCGAGGACAAUUCACAUGACUGCGAUGAGGAUAUGACAAAUAAUUAUUGCGUGAAUACUCUGGGAGGUUAUAAGUGUGUGUGCAUAAGUGGUUAUGUGGCAAAUAAUGGGAGAUGUGUGCCGAGUGUUCCAGGACAAGAAGAAGAUCGAUGCUUUGAAAGCGUUACAGGUAUGAUGCGUAGAAGAUGUGACAUUGACGGAAAGUGGUUACAGCCUGACACAACUGCGUGUAAAUCGUUGGUAAUUAUGGAAGUCCUUAAUGCGACUGUCGGUGACUUUAUCGAUACGGGCGCUCCUUUUGGUGGUGAUAUACUUAUGACGGCAUCAAUUCUCACGGAUAUCGUCGAUAUGAACCCACUGGCUUUUACUGCACAAGAAGGAUUAAAAAGGCUUUAUAUUGAGGGUUUCUUAGAAUUGACCAGCAAAGUGUUAGAUGACGAAAUGGAGACUAUGUGGAAAGCCAUUCAUAAUGUUCAUGGAAUUCAUAAAGGAGUGUUGCGGGUUUUUAAAGCCAUGGACACGUUCAGCAAAUCUGUACAUGCACUUAUACGACAGACAGGUUACACUAUCAAUGAAUCAACAAAGAACAUUGACAUGACUUCUGAGUUCAUUGGUGGAUCCUCAACUAAGAAGCGAUCUGUGCAUGAAGACAUAAUUAAUAACACAUGCAUAGAGCUGUCUCAAUAUUUUACAAAAAAGAAUGAAACAGAUCGAUUGGUUUGUAUUAGGUUUAUUUAUCAAAACCCAGGAGACAUGCUGUUACCACCGAUACAGAUUGGAAAAAGAUCCAAUAAAAGACAGUGGGUAACGUCAGUCACAGCUACACGUAAAAUAGAGAUGGUCAAUUCUAAAGUUGUCUCUGUGAGAUUGUUUGGAGAUGAUGGGAGUGAAAUAAGAAGAUUAGAUGAAUCGCUGACAUUCAAAUAUGUCCACCAGAAGGUUGGGUAUGAUUCGAAAUGUGUAUCUAUGGUCUACGACGACAACACAGGGAUUUGGAGUACAGAUGGGUGCUGGGUUGAUCGUAUCAUGCACGAGGACAUCACUGUUUGUAAAUGCCAGCACCUUGGUAACCUGGCUGUAAUAACUGCGAUAGGAAAACCAUCAGUUCAUGGGUGCAAGAUAUUGUCUAUAUUCUGGUACAUGGCACUAUUGACGAACGCCACAUGGAUAUUAAACCUUGCCGUACAAGAGUUGCUCCGUAUGCGUAAUUAUAUACUGAGGAGCAAGUUAGCAAGGAUAAUAUUUCUGACUACUGGAUGGCCUGCUCCUAUAAUUAUAAUAGUUUUUUGUGUCGAAUUAGCCGAGAAUAACGGAUUAGACGUAAGUUCAGAAUCAAGAUGUAUUGAAUCAAUUGCGGGAAAAUAUCUUCAGGCCUUAGCGUCCAUUUCAUUGGUAUUAUACUUGGUGUCUGGUAUAAUUACAUGUAAAUUAGUGUGUGGCUAUGAACAUGCGAUGAUGAAGUACGAAGUAGAGGAAUUCUUCCAAAUAAGGGAGGAAAUUCAGUCACUGUUUUUGCUGAAGUUGGCGCUGAUGAGUAAUUGGGCAAUACAUAUAAUUGCAAUUACAACAAAUAAUUUAAUUGUUGAGUAUAUGUUCGCCCUGGCAAUAAUGUUUGAGGGAUCAGUGGUAUUUUUGGCACUGUGUGCGACAAAUGUAGAGUUGUUGGUCGCUGUUAGAAUACGUCUGUGUGGCGGAGAGCUGUACAAUAAUGCCUUGGAAGAAGUACAACACGUAGAUCAGAUACGAGCCGAUAUAAGAAGACGUAUAACGCAGUUCUCAUCGGCCAAAACGUUAGAAAUCAAGAAACGGAAACAGCAACAUGCCCUGGAAAGAAAGCAUCGAGCAGAUGCAAUAAACAAAAUAUUUACACUGGCGACAGCGAAGGAAUAA